AGCUUGUUCGCGAGAGCUGUUCUGCUGCUCAUGUUCCAACCAUGAUUGUGUCCAAACCCAAGUCUGCUCCCCGGUGGACGACCUCGGUUUGUCUGUUAGCAGCGCUAUGCUGUGUCUUUAUUCCAGCUGCUGCGGUCAAACAUGAAAACUUCAAGACAUGUGAUCAAUCCGGCUUCUGCAAACGCAAUCGCCAAUUCGCCGACGACGUUAUCGCGAGCUCUACCGUAUCCCCAUACGCUCUCGAUCCUGCAUCAAUCACGUUCAAAGACGGCCAAUUGAGCGGCGUUGUGCUCAAGACACUGGCAGAUGGGGACAAAGUCCAGCUGCCCCUCACCGUCACGUUCCUCGAGUCGGGCGUCGCGCGAGUCACUCUAGACGAGGAGAAGAGGGCGAAGGGCCAAAUCGAACUUCGACAUGGCAGUAAAGCGAGGAAAGAACGAUAUAACGAGACCGGUAAAUGGGCACUCGUCGGAGGCUUGCGGCCCUCGACAGGCGCAGCACUGGGCGCAGAUGCUGAGCAGGGCCAUACCAACGUCUUCUAUGGCAAGGGCGGCAAACAACAAGCCAUUAUCCGACACCAACCUUUCGCCAUUGAAUUCCAGAAAGACGGCGAGACUCACGUGAAGUUCAACGAGCAAGGUCUUUUGAACAUGGAGCAUUGGCGAGCCAAAGUCGAGAAGCAGCAGGAGGAGAAGAAGGAGGAUGGGGAGGAGAGCAAGGAUAGCGAGAAGAAAAUAGAGGAGAAGACGGAAGAUGAGAGUACAUGGUGGGAGGAGAAGUUUGGUGGUAACACAGACACUAAGCCCAAAGGUCCUGAGGCGGUCGGACUCGACAUCUCGUUUCCUGGUUAUGAGCAUGUGUUCGGGAUUCCGGAGCAUGCCGCGAGGCUAUCAUUGAAGACUACGAGGGGCGGCGACGAUGCUUUCACUGAACCUUACCGCCUGUACAACGCCGAUGUCUUUGAGUACGAGCUGGACAGUCCAAUGACGCUCUAUGGCGCCAUUCCCCUCAUGCAGGCCCACCGCAAGGGCUCGACCGUCGGCGUCUUCUGGCUAAACGCUGCCGAGACAUGGAUUGACAUCACAAAGACGAAAAAGUCAGCAAACCCUUUUGCUCGCUCGAAGAGCAAUACUGAUACCCACACCCAUUGGGUUUCGGAGAGCGGCCUCUUGGACGUCUUCGUCUUCCUCGGGCCCACUCCACAAGAUCUUACCCGCCAGUAUGGAGAGCUUACUGGCUACACUGCCAUGCCACAAUCAUUCGCUAUUGCCUACCAUCAAUGCCGAUGGAACUACGUUAGUGACGAUGAUGUGAAAGACGUGGAUCGAAAGUUCGACAAGUUCAAUAUCCCAUUUGAUGUCAUCUGGCUUGAUAUCGAAUACACGCAAGAGAAGAAAUACUUUACCUGGGAUCCCCUGACCUUCGAUGAUCCCAUCGACAUGCUCGAGCAGCUUGACAAGCAUAAGAGAAAACUUGUUACUAUUAUUGACCCACAUAUCAAGAACACUAAUGACUAUCAUGUCAUCGAUGAGCUCAAGAAACAAGACUUUGCUGUCAUGAACAAGGACGCAGAGCAGUUUGAGGGUUGGUGCUGGCCUGGAUCUUCUAUGUGGGUCGACUGCUUCAACCCAGCCGCCAUUACCUGGUGGAAGAGUCUGUUCAAGUAUGAUAGUUUCAAGGGCACUGCGCACAACACCUUCAUCUGGAACGAUAUGAACGAGCCCUCUGUGUUCAACGGUCCUGAGACGACCAUGCCCAAGGACAACUUGCACUACGAAAAUUGGGAGCAUCGCGACGUUCACAACCUGAACGGCAUGACCUUUCACAAUGCAACCUACCAGGCCAUGGUCGAGCGUAAGAAGGGCGAGCUUCGUCGUCCCUUUGUGCUUACUCGCUCUUUCUACUCGGGCAGUCAACGCAGCGCCGCCAUGUGGACUGGUGACAAUCUAUCUCAAUGGUCUCACCUCGGAGCUUCCAUCCCCAUGGUCCUGAACCAAGGUAUCUCCGGCUUUCCUUUCGCCGGCGCGGAUGUUGGAGGUUUCUUUGGCAACCCGAGCAAGGAGCUCCUGACUAGAUGGUAUCAGGCCGGCAUAUACUACCCUUUCUUCCGAGGCCAUGCUCAUAUUGACACACGCCGUCGUGAGCCUUACCUCGCUGGCUCCCCAUACACCGAGAUCAUCACCCAGGCUCUUCGUCUGCGAUACCAGCUGCUCCCCGCCUGGUACACCGCUUUCCACGAAGCUUCUACCACCGGAGCUCCUAUAAUCCGACCAAAUUUCUAUGUUCAUCCCGAGGAUGAGCGUGGUUUCGCUGUCGAUGAUCAGCUUUACAUUGGUUCCACUGGUCUUUUGGCCAAGCCGGUGACCCAAGAGGGCGCUGAUAGUGUCUCCGUGUAUAUCGCAGACGAACAGCCGUACUAUGACUACUUCGAUUACACCACAUACAAAGGUGCUGGUCAUCAUACCGUUCAGGCACCGCUCGAGAAGAUCCCGCUUCUUAUGCAAGGAGGUCACGUCAUUCCUCGCCGCGACCGUCCCCGUCGGUCAUCAGGUCUUAUGAAAUAUGACCCCUUCACACUCGUAGUCGUCCUCGAUAACGAUGGUAAUGCCUCUGGUUCCAUCUACCUCGAUGACGGUGAAACCUUUGAUUAUGAACAAGGCGCCUUCAUCCAUCGACAUUUCUCGUUCGAUGGCAAACGCAAUGCUCUGACGUCAUCCAAUCUUGUGACUGCAGUCAGGUCAGUCAAAUGCGAGUCGUAUUUGAAGACAAUGGAUAAGGUGCGUGUGGAGAAGAUCAUUGUUGUCGGCGCGCCGAGCACAUGGAAGGACAAGGAGGAAGUUAUUGUCAUGGAAGAGGGUACAAAGGAGAGCAAGAGGAGGAAACCAGUGCCGUUGGAAUAUCAUGCGAGCCAAGGGAAGAAGGCUGCCUGGGCGGUGAUCCGGGAUCCCAAGGUCGGUAUUACAAGGGGGUGGAAGAUCGAUUUUGGGAGUGGUUCUGCACAUGUGCAUCACGGACACGAGCAUUGAGAAGUUGGGUUGUUUAGUUGGCAAUAGAGCGUGUAUGCAUUUAGGGUUGUGGAUCUGGAUACAUGGCUCAAGCGCGUGGUUGUCUUGAGGUGGGAAAUAUUAUGAUGACUUGUAGAGCAUAGAUGAGAAAUACUCAACAAACACUGCUGGUGCAGGAAUUGAUAACGACGACUUUGGUGGAUGAGUACAAUAAGGGAUCAGGGUCACGCCAGUCUCAACAAAAGCUGAAAAUCUUGUACCACCAAC